AUCUCCAGAACAAGAAAAAAAAAAUCUCCUCUUCCAUUUCAAUCCUACUCCUCGUCCUCCUCUCGCCGCGGGGCCAAGUGUAGCGGCCGAUCACGGCGGCUGCUCCGUCCAUCCAUGUCGUCUCUUGCCGUCCGCUGCGGGCUGGAGUGGGAGCUCGGCUGGCUCGGGGGCCUCUUCACGGCCGCGGAGCUGGCGGCCGCCGACCUGCUCCUGCAGCUCAGCAGAGACUACGAGGCGGCCGCCGCGGCGUCGAAGGCAACGACCAUCGCCUGGCCGCGCUCGGUGAGCUCGUGCUGCGAGAUCCUCGUCAAGGAAGAGACGGAGCGGAUCGUCGAGGAGACGGCGCCCUUAUCGCUUGGGUCGCGGGCGAGGAGGAGCUCGGCGAGCUCGUGCCCCGAGGACCUCACCGUGGUCGGCGAGGGGGAGCUGGAGCCUCCGCGGAUCUCCAGGGAGACGGCGCCGUCACCGGGGUCGAUGGAGCUGGACAGGAGGGCGAGGAAGAGGUACCGCCUGCUGUCGGAGCUCCACGCCGCCAAGAGACAGGGGAAGGCCGCCGGCCCUGCCGCGAAGAAGAAGAGGAAGAGGCACCACGACGGCGGCGAGUCGGAGUCGCCGUCGUCGGAGGCGACGGGAUACGGAGGCUACUAGGAGUUGAAAAAGGGCUUUUUGUGUAAUUACGUCGCGGUCGUAGGGUUAUUUCCGUAGCAAUCUUUUCCGAGGCGAAACAGAAAGCGACAAACAAAGAAGAAGAAGGUGGUUAGCGCCUCCACUUUUCGAAUUUGAAUUUGAAUCUGGGCUUCCGGUGCCCACCCAACUAGCUACUUCGUGCUCAUCAGUGCAAAUAUCUUUUGACAG